AUGCCAGAGGACCAAAACCGCCUUGUAGAAGAUCAGGUGUCACGGUUGCGUCCUGAACUUCACCACAUGCUUAACAGUCUCGCUGAAAACCUCACAAACGACUUGACGAGAGAGAAAUCUCAACUUGAGGAUCAAGUUCAAGCACUUCAAGUCCAAUUGGACUCGGUACAGACACAGCUUAACGAUGCAAAAUCAGAACUUGCCGCAGCGAACGCAAAGGUUGCUGAUAUGGAUUCAAAGCUUCUCGAUGCGCACACGAAACUCGACGACGUGAACCACAAAUUUCGCAACUCGGAAAGGAGGAAUGAUGCGAUGAAGAGGGAGCUCGAGCAGGCCAAGAUUAGAUGGACGGGCGUUGUAACUACAGGCUGGAGCGAAGCGGACUCGGAUCGCGAGAAGCUCAGACGGAAGCUGGAAAAGAAAGAGGAAGAGUUGGCGCUCUUAAAGCUGAAGACAAGAACAGCGAGGCGAUGGAUGAAAAAGGCAACGCUCGUUUUGAAAGAGGACGAUGUUCUACCUCGACCGGAAUCUCGUUCGAGCGUAUCUUCUGAAUCUUCUUAUAGCUUACAGCAUUCUAGACGACGGAAAUGA